AUGGACAGCGACUUCUCCAGCCGGCAGGAGGAACCAACCAUCAUCGCUUUUGAUGAGCUGCGCACAGACUUCAAAAACCCCAUUGAUCAGAGCAAUCCCACCAGAGCGAGGGAACGGAUUCUCAACAUCGAAAGAAUCUGCAACCUGCUUCGCAGAUUGGUGGUCCCGGAGUACUCCAUCCACGGACUCUUCUGUCUGAUGUUCAUGUGUGCUGGAGAGUGGGUCACACUCGGCCUGAAUAUCCCACUGCUCUUCUACCAUCUGUGGAGGUUUUUUCACCGGCCAGCCGACGGGUCAGAGGUCAUGUACGAUCCGGUCAGUGUGAUGAACGCCGACAUCCUCAACUACUGCCAGAAGGAGUCGUGGUGUAAGCUGGGCUUUUAUCUGCUCUCUUUCUUCUAUUAUCUCUAUAGUAUGGUCUAUGCCUUGGUGAGCUUUUAA